UACAACUACAGAUUACAGAGUCAAAAACACCAGCACUAGCGUAGCGCGUUCCGGGUGUAGUGUUUGGUUUGCUAACAAAAUAAUUGUGUUUUAUCGGCUCUCUCCUGUUUUCACUGUAAAUUUGUUUAGUGAGUAUAUUAUCCGCAGUUGUUUCAGCAAAUUUAUUAAAAUAGCCGCUUGAAUAGUAUGAGAACAAUUAAAGCUUGAACUAAACUCUACAAUCGUGUUUAACUACCUGCCAGCAACAUGUUAAAAAUGCCUUUAUUUGGUAAAGAUAGGAAGAAGAAGGAAAAUAAAGAAGAUAAACUUGCUAUUGAGGAAAAGUACAUCAUGAAAGAUGUGUUGGGAACAGGUGCUUUUUCCACUGUCCGAAUAGCAGAAAGCAAAGAGCGCAGAGGUGAAAUGUAUGCAGUUAAAAUAAUUGACAAGAAGGCUCUCAAAGGAAAAGAAGACUCACUGGAAAAUGAAAUAAAAGUAUUGAGAAGGUUGAAACACCAUAAUAUUGUACAACUGUUGGAAACGUUUGAGGAUAAAUCCAGAUUCUUUCUUGUAAUGGAAUUGGUUACAGGAGGCGAACUAUUUGAUAGAAUAGUAGAAAAAGGCUCAUACACAGAAAAAGACGCUUCAGAUCUGAUACGUCAAGUUUUAGAGGCAGUUGACUAUAUGCAUGAGCAAGGAGUUGUCCAUAGAGACUUGAAGCCGGAAAACUUGUUAUAUUAUAGUCCAGAUGAAAAUUCUAAAAUAAUGAUCAGCGAUUUUGGGCUCUCUAAGAUGGAAGAUUCUGGGAUUAUGGCCACUGCCUGUGGAACACCAGGAUAUGUAGCUCCAGAAGUACUUGCACAAAAACCCUAUGGAAAAGCAGUUGACGUUUGGUCUAUAGGAGUAAUUUCUUAUAUUCUUCUUUGUGGUUAUCCUCCGUUUUAUGAUGAAAACGAUGCCAAUUUGUUUGCACAAAUCUUGAAAGGUGAAUAUGAAUUCCAUUCGCCAUAUUGGGAUGAUAUCAGCGAAUCAGCAAAGGGAUUUAUUUCCAAUUUGAUGACUGUCAAUGUAGAGAAAAGAUUCACGUGCAAGCAAGCUUUAGCUCAUCCUUGGAUAUCCGGAAAUACUGCUGCCACAAAGAAUAUCCAUGGAACUGUAGCCGAGCAACUUAAGAAAAACUUUGCUAAAUCUAGAUGGAAGCAAGCUUAUCAUGCCACCACUGUGAUCCAAAAAAUGAAGAAAAUGGCGCUGACAAAUAACAGCAACAGAAGUCCUACUAUGCCAAGGUGCACUGGGGGCCGACAGCCUAGCGCUGAUAGGACUUAAGUCUUGGAUUUAUUCCGAAUAUAUAACUCGCUUAAUUAUACUAUUAGCUCGAUCGAUCAAAAAUAUCAUUAAACUUGAUGUCUCGGGUCAAAAUUCUGUUAUGAUUAAGAAUUAGGGUUUUAUCUCCUUUUAUUUGAUUGUAAUAAAAUUUUAACUCAGCUUGCUUAAGAGUUGCUUAUCACCUGAAAAACUCAAAUACUAUACUCGAUAUUAGCAGAAAAGCUAAGUAGCAAAUGCAUUUAGAUAAUGAUAGAGUGUGAAUUUGGGUUUUUCACUUAACAAUAAUUAUUAAUGUAUUGUGGUUACUAGAAGUAUAAUUUUAUUAAUUGCUCAGAUUACAGAUAUGUGUCCAAAGAAUAUAUGUCUCGAAUAGUGUAUUAUAUUCUCUAGCUGCAACAAUAUUGAUGUUACUGUACAAGGCAUCCUUGAAAUUUUUCCUUUGAAGAUUGCUGAAUUGCAUAAUACAUAGUCAACUUAUUUUUAAAAAUUUGUUCAUCUUGCAACCAAAAUCAAUUAUUGUUUUUUACCCAGAAUAACUUAGUAUAAAAUACAUUUUUUAAUAGGUUUUGUAUAGGUAUAAGAAUUUUAUUUUUCUAUACAAUAUUUAUUAAGUAUAUGUACUUGAGUCAAUACAGAUCAUUAUUAACAAGAUCAUCAUAUUGUAAAAUAAUAUAUAUUUCACAAAUUAAUGCUGAAUAGGUUAGAAUUUAUAUUUGCUGUCAUUUGAGUUGGAAAACGUUAUGUUUUCUACUAUAAAGAGGCUUCAAAUAUUUGUUUUUAUAACACUUUUGUUAUUUCAACUAAAAUAUUUAAAUUCUGAUGUUAAGGAAUUUUUUAAAUAUUUUAUUCCUUUUUAGAGGGUGAAUCCGAAGAGUCUGGCUGAUUUGUUAAAUUACUGCUGGGAUUGCCAUUAACACGUAGGGUAGAUGAAUGAAUAGUACUCGCUGGCCAAAAUCCGUCUGCACGCCCACGGCAUGCCUUUCACAAGUUCAGCUAGUUCCUUCAUGAGCCCUUUUAUGACACUCCAUGGAGAAGCCCUUGGGCUAAAAGCUGCUGAAGUAACGAUAUUUGGGCGUAUGCCCAUCACUGUGUACUUUUUGAAGAAAAUUUCACCUGUGGAAAUGUCUGGAAGGCUCUGAUCUAAUUUCAGGCAUGAAUCUGCUUUGAUUUUUACCAAUGCUUCAGCUCCAUCUUUGCCAAGGCCCGACGUUCCAGGUCGGUCUUAAGCACUAGUUCCGGUUACAUCUGUGUAUGAAGCUACAGCAGUACAGUGCGCGCGUUUUUCAGGUGAUUCCUCAGGCAUAAUCUCUUCUUCAGUCACAGCUAGCUGAAUCAAAAUAUUUGAAUUCGGUUAUAAAUGCAAUAUUGGACUUUAUUCAUGGAAGAUUGUUGUGGUGGCUCCAAAUAAGAUGCUUCAAAGCAGCGUCCACUUUUCCAUUGACCCCUGCAGGCUUGGAGAUUUGCUAAGCCACCAAAUUUUAUCGAUGUGAAGACAUGUUGCCUGCGGAAUACCAUGCAUUGACCGUAAUGAUGGCAGUGUCAUUACGGUUAUUUUGUCUCUUGUGUUCUUUCACAGAGGUAUUCUUAGAAUUAAUUCUAACCCAAACUAACAGAUACUUCGGUUCGCCAUAUUAAGCCAAACCAACCGCCAGUCUAUGGUCUCGAACGCUCUCUUGAAAUCCAAAAACCCUAUGCCUAUUAUUACUUCUUCAUCACAUUGGCAAAACAGUUUCGCAUGAAUUUUUACUUUGCAAACGAGCUUGAUGGCUACCCAAAAUUUUGUUUGUUUCAAUAAAAUCGACAACUUAUUCCUUAACAAAAAUUUCGAGAAGUUUUUAGGCGAACUAUUGGCACUGGAUUGUGGCAGAUUUUUUUCAUUUGGAAUGAUCAUAUUCAAUUUCUAUUUUAAUGGAAAUGUUCCCGUAACUAGACUUGUAUUGACUAGAUUUGAUACUUUAUCUCCAAUAAUUGUUUCAUGGCUUCAUGACACUGAUUUAGUUAAGAUGGAGAAAAAUUAAUAAGUUUACAAUAUUAUGAUUAUUUAAACAUUUCAGCAUUUAAAUGUUUGAGUGAGGCUUAAAGCUUCUUGUUACAUGAAAAUUGUUAUAAAGGUAGAUCUUUUAAAAUAUGUUGAUAUAUUACAGAAUUUAGAAAUUUUAAAAAAAGUUCCCUCUGUUAUGUAUAGUCAAGUGCUAGAAAGUAGAAUAAAUGGUAGGCAAAUUUUAUUUAAUUUUUGUUAUCACUCGGGUCAUGCAUAUGCUGCUAAGGGUUGCAAAAUCCCAUUAAAGAAUCAAGAAAUUUAUCAGAAUAAUUUUUAUCACUUUUUUAUUAUUGAAUCUCAUUUUUGAUAAAAGAUCUGGAAGUGUGGUUUUCCAAAACCUUCACUUUAUAUUAUGAUACAAUUUUUCAUGACAAUCAUUUCAAAGCAUUCGUCCUCAAUCGAGUCCUCAACUGAGAAGCAACUUGACAAAUGCCACUUUAUGUUACAUUGUGAUCCCGAUUGCAAUAAUAUCUCCCAAAAAAAAUUUUAUACAGCAUGUGAAAAACAUACGGUGAAAUUAUAAAAUUAUUAGGUACCUAUUCCCGAAUUUCUUUUUUAUAAACAUUGUAUAACCGAUAAAUUUGGUUCACUCAUGUCAUCCAUUUCUCGUUUUUAAUUACUCCCAUAUACUUACUCAAAAUAAUUAAUUUCUGUAUUGCUUAUUAUCGACUUUUUUUAGUCUAAUGUUAUAUUUUAUUAUUUUAUUUUUAUAUUGCAUAUACAUACAAUGUCAUUAAAUUUAUUUUUAAUUGUGAUUAAUUUUGUAUUAUCUGUGUAAAUUAACAACGCUUCACUAACACAUAUACUUUCUUCUGUAACAACAGCCCCUGUAUUUAAUAAACUUUGCAUUUAGGAUGUACUCUACAAGAGAAAACCAUAAAGUUAUAAUAUAUUGUAGGUAUUCUUUAUAGAAAAAGAUUUUGGAGAAGUAAUCUCAUUGUGGUUCUCCAAUUUAUUGUAUUUGCAGGUCUAUUUCAACCCUUUUUUAUAAAUGGUUGGACUAGAAAAAUUUAAAAAUAAUUUUUAAUUCUUGUCCAUUUCUAAAAUGUAUGGAAUAACAGUAAUUUAUGAUAAAAGUAUAAAUUUUAGUCCAUAUUAAAUUGAAUUAUUAUAUGUAUUUACAAUAGUUGUUAGAAUUUACUAACUUAUUUUUUUUAUACAAAACUUGUCAAACACAAAUGCAUAGAAAAAUAUUUACAAACUUUGAUGUGAAUGUGAUACUGGAAUAAACAUUUAUAAGUUUA